AUGAGCAUUUUGCUGAACUUGGGGUUCUCUAAAAGUCUGUUAGAGUCAACAUUAUAUGUCAAAAUAGAUGGAGCUGAUAUUCUUAUCAUUUCACUGUAUGUGGAUGAUCUUUUUGUGACAGGUAACAACUUAAGUCUUGUGGAGAAGUUCAAGAAAGAGAUGAUGGUGGUGUUUGAGAUGACAGAUCUUGGUUUAAUGAUGUUCUUUCUUGGAAUGGAAAUUAAACAAGGAGGAGUCUUUGUUUGCCAAAAGAAGUAUGCCAAAGAGAUUUUAAAGAAGUUUAAACUUGAAGAAUGCAAAGAAAUGAACACUCCAAUGAAUCAAAAGGAAAGGCUUUACAAGGAAGAUGGAACUGAGAAGAUAGAUCAAGCAUACUUCAGAAGCAUGAUUGGAUGUUUGUUGUACCUUUCAGUGACUCGGCCUGACAUCCUAAAUGUUGUAAGCAUUUUGUCUCGGUUUAUGCAUUGUGCAAGUGAAAUGCAUCUCAAGGCUGCAAAAAGGGUGAUUAGAUAUGUUAAAGGAACUUGUAAUUUUGGCAUCAAGUACAAGAAAACUGAAAAGUUCAAGCUGAUAGGCUUCUCUGGCAGUGAAUGGGGUGGUUCAAUUGAUGAUAUGAGAAGUACUUCAGGGUAA